GGAGCCGCGGAGGGAAGGAUGGAGUAGAGAGGAUGGAGCGGUGAACGCGCAGCACUGUCCCCGAGCACGCCGGAGCGCGCACCUGUUUCCUCACACCCUCCUGUGGAAUAGUUCUCGUCUUCGUCUCCUCUGUGGGUCACAUUUUCUGCAUAACUUUAACCCACGUUCCCUACAGAUGUGCGUUUUUCUUCAUCGUUCAUUUUGACGUUUUUCGGUGUGUUUUGGUAGGAGUUCGCUGUUCCACCCCGGGUGCUGUUAUUCUGAAACACGACCUGAAGUGAGGUACCGAAGGAUUCAUUGUGGUUUCUGCUGUUCUGGGGAAUAAUUACCAGUUGGAGGAAGAGGAGACUCAAACUGCCCAGCAGCCGCAGCAGCAGCAGCGCGUGCUUCAAAGGAUGGAAAUUUUACGCGGAAAGAGAACUUAGACCUGGACUACUCAUCCAUUUUGACCCCCUCAUUCUCAUUUCCCCCCCCCCCCUCCAUCCUUCUUUUUUGGAGCAAACAAUUGGAAUGAACGAGGGGGAGAGGAAUGGGAGAGAAAUCAAACAAAACCCGUAUUGAGAGCAAGGAACAGCAGUUAGAACAAACCAGCACAGCCCACCGCUCGAACCUAAUAAUAUAUCAUUGAACCUGCACUCAAACUGGGUUUUUGUUUGUGUUUUUCGCCUCGGAAGAUUUCUUUGUUGCGGGGAGGGGGUUUUUCGUGCGAGUCCGCAAACGGCGACCUUCGCUAGAAAAAGGGACUAAAGACAUAAUUAGAAAAACAUGGAUUCUGCAUAGCACUCGCAGAGCUGAGCACAACGCAGGAGACUCGCUCGAUUUGCUCUUGAUUUGCUCUGGCAUGAUCUCCUCAAAGCACCGGAGAAACUGACCUAACUUUUUUUAAAGCCACGUUUAUUAGAUUUUUUGUUUGUUUUUUUUUUGGUCUUCCAUCCAUGCGGUUGCUUGAGUGAAGCACUGAGGGAUCGUCCUGUACUAGUCCGCCGCUCGGAUCACCUCUCCAGUAAAACAUCCGUCCGUGCAGUUAUCUGUGAGAAAAGCCAUUUGGAUGGGGGGCGACAGGCGAGCUCCGGAGGGGACCAUGGCGUGUCGGAACGGCGGAGUCGGGGUGGGAAUUUUACUGCUCUUCCUGGUGGAUUUACUUGGGAUCUCUGCGACGAACAUGGAGCCCAUAUACUGGAAUUUCCUGAUGAACAAAAGGUUCAGGGACGACAAAGGCUAUGUGCUGUACCCCCAGAUCGGUGACCGGCUGGACCUCAUCUGCCCUGCCUCAGACCCAGCUGAGUAUGAGUAUUACAAGCUGUACUUGGUGUCGUCACGGGAGCAGGCGGACCGGUGCGAGGUGACGGAUCCACCCAACCUUCUGCUCACCUGCGACAAGCCCAACAGUUAUAUGCGCUUCACCAUCAAGUUCCAGGAGUACUCACCCAACCUGUGGGGUCACGAGUUCAAGACCAUGCAUGACUACUAUAUCAUCGCAACGUCGGAUGGAACGCGCCAAGGACUGGAGAGCAUGAGGGGGGGCGUGUGCGCUACGCGAGGGAUGAAGGUGGUCCUCAAAGUGGGCCAGAGUCCUUAUGGUUUGCCCCCCAAGCCAGUAAAACCGGACCAGAAUUCAGGCCACCCCAACGCCAGGAACCCAGGUGUCACUGGGAACUCCACGUACACGCGAGGUGCCGGGGCAGGGGGUGAGAACGGGCCCCUGCCCUCCUCCAACGUGGCCCUGAUUGCGGGUGCAGCUGGCGGCUCUGCCUUCCUGCUGCUGGUGACCGCAGUCAUCUGUGUGGUAUGCUACCGGCGUCGACACUCCAAACCCUCGGAGUCUCACAUCCCACCUCUCUCGCUGUCCUCCCUGACCAGCCCCAAGCGGGGCGUUGGAGGUGCCAGUGGGAACAACAAUGGCUCGGAGCCCAGUGACAUCAUCAUUCCGCUGCGGACUUCCGACUCGGCGUACUGCCCGCACUACGAGAAGGUGAGCGGGGACUACGGCCACCCCGUCUACAUCGUCCAGGAGAUGCCCCCGCAGAGCCCCGCAAACAUCUACUACAAAGUAUGAGGUUGGGAUGACACCACUAGAUGACCCCUCCUGCGCCCCUUCUUGUCCCCCUCCCUGCUACACUCUGCCAGCCAGGCCCUUCAGGCCUUCCACUUAGCGUCCUUUCUCCAACCGCCCCCACGCACAGGGGGCCAUGCUCUACUUCAGGGCCCUUGCCUUGUUGCUCUGCUACUUUUACCAGGCCCUGGAGGAGGAACCAGUAAGAAAACGUGAUGGGAAUCUUUCCGGAAGCCAGUUACCUCUGUGAGCACCUUCAAAAACUGUUCAGUCCUGCUCCAGGCCAACAUCGGGACUCUGGCACUGCAACCCCUUAACACGAGAACCCUGCUAGCCAGCUCACGGCUGGUUGAGUGGUUUACUGAAGCUCCCUUUCAGUUGCUUGGGCUCUUGAAUUCGACUCUGUCCUCCAACGAUGGAAAAGGAACAGCGGGCCGCAGGUUGUGACUGCUUAGGCCAGAGAUGGAGUAGUCCAGUGUUAGCAAUCACAUCAUAUGUAUCGUGUUUAUGCGCGUGCGUGUGUGAGUUUAUAGCAGAGGCAUCGUGCUAACAAUCACUGCUGGUGCACAAACCAUGAGUGUACAGUGGAUGUGCAUUACGUUGUAUACGUGUGGGUGUGUGCUGUUGUGUAUCUGCGUUGCUGUGUGUGCUUGUCUGUCAGUGUCUUUCUGCGUGUCUGUGUGUGAGAGUGUGUGUUGGUGUUAGUUUGAAAACCAAAAGUGAGCAAAAAAUAUCAAAAACCAUGAGAUUUUCUUUUUUUUUUUUUUUUUUUAUUUCCACCAACAGUUAGAGAUGAUAUAUAUUAACAAAUAUACCAUAAAUAUUUUUUAGAAUUUUUUUUCUAUCCUUAUUUUUUCCACCGUUAGGCACAGUUUCUGUGUGCUUUUGUAUCUUUAUGGUUUGAGAUUUAGCCGGAGAUUGCCCUAGUUCCUGUUCCUCUGUUGUCGUAAUUUAAUUUAAUCUUUGUUUCUCUGUCGAAUGGCGAUUCUUUUCCCUAUCAUCACAUCCCCCGCUUCCCCCCCACCCCCCCAGUUCCCUCCCUCGAGUCCCUUUUCCCAUGUAUAUUUUUAUAGCUCCUUGUACAAUGCUGUAGUUUUGAAAUUUAAGCUUGUUUGUGGAGGUGCUGAGUUAGAACACACUAAAAAAGUUUUAAAAGAAUAAACGUUUUUGCAAAAAAAAGAAGACUGAAUUUGGAGCAAGAGGGGGUUCAAUGAUAGUAAAGACGGCAUCUUGCGGGAGAAGUGGACAAGCAUCAAUCAGUUCACGAAAACAGAGUAACUGCCACGCUGAAAGCGAGGGGAAAUAUUUCCUCAAAAGAAAGCAAAGUGGAUGACUGAUAAAGAAAGAAUUACGAGCAAAUCCACAUAACGAUGGGAAAUCAGAGAAUGGAUGUAGGAGCUGUUCGGCAGCCUGCAGAACGGCUCAGGACGGAACCCAGGACACGAGAACAUAUGGACUCAUAAUGGAGUGGGUGUCUAUGAAGGAAGAGGAGAUCCAGUGUCCCAGACACAUGGCUCUGGGUAUCGGUCACAUCGCCCUGAUCUCACUCGUUUCUGCCAGUUUUCUCUCCAUUGCUAGGAGGGAAAUGGCUACAGCCUUCCAUCUCUCAAUCCACUCACCAUACGUCUUUCACAUGUGGGCACACGCAUUAACGCUCUGUUCCCCACCAACCACGGCCUGUUCUGUGACUGGUUUAUUAUCGAAAACAGGCAAGGUGGAGGAAAAGUAACAAAACGAAAUACACAAAGUGGUUUUUCGUUAGUCUUUAUCUGGUCAUUGUGUCCUGUUGUCUCGUUUUUGGUUUUCGCUGUAUUGUUUUUGCUGGAGGGUUUCAGACAACUUCACGUCUCCUCAAAUGCCAGAACAUGGAGCUGAAAGAGAGGUGUUCCGUGGUGUGUGAAAUCACAGACUGAUGUGAGAGGAGGUACCAAAGCCUUUUCCCGACACCGUGGACACGUGGAAGGGCACGGCUGUGGCCGUAGCUAAGGGAAAAUGUGUAGAUCUGCAGUGACUGAAGUCGGAAAGACUCUUCUCAUAAUGCUGGACUCGCUGUGUUCCUCUGUAUGUGUGUGUGUGUGUGUGAGUGAGUGAGAGAGAGACAUACAAGCAGUAUAGCACGGGGUUUACAGAGAGAAAACACAAACAGCAGAGCCCUCAGAGACACGGAAAACAGAACAGAAAGGAUUGUUAGACAUCAUAAGCACACAGAAAACAGCACAUGUGCUACAUGCAGCUCAAAUACACAACACACGUUGUACUUUAAACCAGCAACAAAACGCUGCAAGGUACGUCGAUUGCAGUGAUAUACAUGUACCUCGCACAUACAAAUCAUAGAGGGAUACUGAGCAAAGCGCGCGAGGCACACGCUGACUCCUCAGACACAGGCCACCAUACACACAGCACACAAUCUGUAUGGACGGGACGUCAGGAUCACCGCACUCCCACACAGACACCCAUUAGCGCUCUGCCAGUUUUUUGGCUUACAGCAGUAUUUCCGCAGCGAUGGCAGACAUACCGAAAGUGAGCUGUCGAAAAUUACACUCUGCGCAAACAGAGGUGUGUCAUCUGCCAGUUGUGACACCUGGGAUGACUUGGAUAGAAAUGCAAGCUGCACCAUGACAUAGCAAAGCUACCAGUCGCAAGGAGCCGAGGACUGUUCGGCAAAGACUUAUUUCGUGUUACCGAGAGCCUUCGACUCUGCUUUGACGCACACAAACAUUCAUCGCCCGCGCUGAAGAGGUCCCGCUUCGGUUGACCCAAUCAGAAUUUUUCCCCACAGCUCUUAAUCGCAUAUGAACUUGUUGCAAAUAUCCAGUUGUUCUUUCUGAACAGUUUUGCCUCUGGAAAUGUAAUCGUUUUUAACGUUUCCUUGUUAUAAUUUAAAGAAUCGGGUAGCGUUUCGUUUGCGAGUGGUGUUAACGGGGAGUUUUUCUUGAAUUACCGUGUCUUUUUUGUUAGGCCACCUUUUGCUUCGCUCCUGGUCCGGGUGUUUGCAGGUGAGGUCAACGAACGUGUUGAGCGGAUGUCGGCGCG